UUCUGGGUUGAUUGGUAUAAGAAUAAAAACCUGAGCAUCUCCCAAAGAUGUUCCCAGAUUUUCAAAAACAGAGUUUUUCACUCCGUUAUCCGAAUUAAAUAUAAGGAAAAACUGAGCCGUGAUGUUGGUGUUAACCCUGGUCUAGGAGCUUCAGGUCUCUCCCUUCAAUUCUGUUUUACGAUUCCUACCUCUCUACCUCAAUCUGGAACCAGUUUAAGAUGCGUGCCUGGGCAGCGGUGACCAGCACCCUCAUCUUCAUAGGGAUGGACGUGACGUUGACCACCCUGUUGUACGAAUACAACCGCCACAGCAGGACCAUCCUUCAGGAUCUCAAGCACUUCAACAUCUUCGACUCCAUGCUGGAUAUUUGGGGGUCUUGCUUGUAUCGCAGCUGCCUACUCUUGGGGGCUUCCAUUGGGGUGGCCAAAAACACCAGUUACGGUCCCAAACGGUUGAAAGGAUCUCGGAUCUUUAUCAUCUUGGUCUGUCUGGCGAUUGGGAUUUAUGCCCUGGUCAAAUUACUUCUUUAUUCUGAAGUGAGAAAGACCUUCAAGGAUCCUUGGUUUUGGGGUUUGUUCGCCUGGACUUACAUCUCGUUGGUGGCCACCUUCUCCUUCUGGCAGCUGCUCUCCUCUGUGACCCCUGCCAGGGAUACCUUGGGGAUUAAUUCAGAAUCCAGGGCUGAAGGAGAAGACAUUGGAGACCCCAGUUCUCCUGGGGUUCGGGGAAGGAAAGAGGAGGCCUCAGCUGCCACCAUUUGUAAACUCCUGUCCUACACUAGGCCAGAUGUCUACUUCCUUGUGGUGGCCUUUUUCUUCCUCUUACUAGCCGCUUUAGGGGAAACCUUCCUCCCAUACUACACUGGCCAGGCCAUUGACGGGAUAGUCAUCCAGAAGUCCAUGGACCAGUUUUCCAAGGCAGUGGUGAUCAUGGCCCUGCUAGCCAUUGGAAGUUCAUUUACCGCAGGUAUCCGAGGUGGCCUCUUCACCCUGGUCUUCGCUAGACUGAAUAUCCGCCUCCGUAACAGACUGUUUCGGUCGCUAGUGGUGCAGGAAAUGAGUUUCUUUGAUGAAAAUCUCACCGGCGACAUCAUUUCCCGACUGACAUCAGACACAACCAUUGUGAGCGAUCUCGUCUCCCAAAACAUCAACAUCUUUCUGCGCAACCUGGUCAAAGCCACCGGGGUCAUAGUUUUCAUGUUUAGUCUCUCGUGGCAGCUGUCCUUGGUGACCUUCAUGGGCUUCCCUAUAAUCAUGCUGAUGUCAGACGUUUACGGGAAAUAUUAUAAGAAGCUCUCUAAAGAAGUCCAGAACGCUUUGGCCAAGGCGAAUAACACCGCCGAAGAAACCAUCUCCGCUAUGAGGACAGUUCGCAGUUUUGCCAACGAGGAAGCCGAGGCUGAUGUCUACUCGGAGAAAUUGCAGCAAGUCUACCAACUCAACAAAAAGGAGGCUCUGGCUUAUACGUACUACGUGUGGUCCAAUGGACUCACCCUACUCAUCGUUCAAGUGAGCAUCUUAUACUACGGAGGCCACCUGGUGAUCACCGAGCAAAUGACGAGUGGCAACUUGAUAUCCUUCAUUAUUUAUGAAUUUGUCUUGGGAGACUGCAUGGAGUCCAUUGGUUCAGUUUACAGCGGCCUCAUGCAGGGUGUGGGAGCUGCUGAAAAGGUAUUUGAGUUCAUAGACCGCCAACCCACGAUGUUGAACGAUGGGACCCUGGCCCCUAGCCAACUGGAAGGAAAAUUGGAAUUCAAGAAUGUCACUUUUGCUUACCGUACCCGCCCUUCAUCCCAAGUCUUACAGGAUGUCUCCUUCACUCUCCAUCCUGGGAAGGUGACCGCGCUGGUGGGUCCUUCAGGCAGCGGGAAGAGUUCCUGCGUCAACAUCAUAGAGAACUUCUACCCUCUUCAAGAGGGCCAGGUUCUUCUGGAUGGACAACCUAUCGAUAUGUAUCAACACAAGUAUCUUCACUCGGUGAUCUCCCUGGUGAGCCAAGAGCCGGUCCUGUUUGCCCGAUCCAUUGCAAAGAACAUCUCUUACGGUUUGGAUUCAGGCCCGUACGAAUUAGUUGUUCAAGCUGCCCAAAAUGCCAACGCCCACACCUUUAUUAUGGAAUUGCAAGACGGCUACCACACAGAAGCUGGGGAGAAGGGAACCCAACUGUCGGGCGGUCAGAAGCAGAGAGUGGCUAUCGCGAGAGCUUUAAUCAGGAACCCACCGAUCCUGAUUUUGGACGAAGCUACAAGUGCGUUAGAUGCAGAGAGUGAACAUGCGAUUCAGAAAGCUAUUUAUGGGCAUGUGCAGAAUCACACGGUCCUGGUCAUCGCCCAUCGACUGAGCACUGUGGAAAAGGCACACCACAUCAUUGUUCUCGACAAGGGCCGCGUGGUACAACAAGGGACGCAUACGCAGCUUAUGGAAGAAGGCGGCCUUUAUUGCAAACUGGUGCAAAGACAGAUUCUUGGCCGGGAAACAGGCACGGGGGACAGCUGUCCCGUGAAUGGUGGCUUGGCUAACAUCCAGAGAGGUUCUCCCAAGACAGGGUUGGCAGAAGAGUUAAAGAAGGGACACCACACCUGCUGAAUUUGAAGAUGCUCAACCGAACCGUCCGGCUGUCAACUGAUCCCAGAAUCGAAUGUAACAAAUCCCACAUGGAACAGUUAUCUUUCAUAGGGCUUCCCCGGUCUUCCUUAUCUGAUGGUGGCUAAUUACAAUCCUAAGCCAUGAUGGUCCAACCUGAAUUGCUCCCAGGAGAUAGCCGUAGAAGAGAAAGGAAACUACAUGUGAUUCUCUUAACGGGCUCGUGCCUUCUUCCUCUCUCGGAUGCACCUUGCAAACUUUGCUCUUACCUAUCAAUGGGCAUGGUUUUUAGGGGUGUGCACUGUUUGGAAGAAUAAGGACCUUCGACGGAUCUCCAAAACGCAUCACCCCCCCCCCAAUGGGCCAGGAUGGAAAUAUCGUCCUUGGGAUUGGCAUUGAAGCCAACCAGUUGACUUUGGGGGGGGGGUCACUCUGGUGCCUACGGAUGUGCUUUGCGCUUCCGUGAAAGUCGAACUGGACCGCCAGAUCUAAUGCACUUUCCACAGGGAGCUUGGCUCAUCUGGGUAUUUAGAACAUCUGGAUAUAUACGCGUUGUAGUCCAGGUCAAUGGUUCUCUGGGUAUCUCUGUCGGAAGUGUAGUACUCUACAUGCUGGGAUUGUCUACCCGGCUGCGUAUGCAUGAAGGUUUUCUUAACAAAACCAGCACUGUUUCAGUUGGGUAGGGAUUAUUUCCGAUUGCUCUCAGAGGUAGUAGUAGCAGCAGCAGCAGCAGCAUCAAUGGUGGCAUUGCAAUAAAACUUCUAGCCAUAACAACAGGACAAGACAAUGGCAUCUAUGGUCUGCAGUGCAAACCUAGAUGGCCAUAAAGGCAGAGCGCUUUGGUUAAGGGAAAAGGGCAGUUUUAUUGCAGUUGGAAUUAUUUUUAUGCACAGUUGCACACAAUCUGGGUUGGGCAUUUGAAUAUCCCAACUAGCAAGUCAGCUCUGUUUGCAAACUAUUUAUUUCUCUAGAGCAGAGGGUUUUGUUUUCCUUCUUCUUCUUCUUUCUUUUUUUUUGUUUUAAUGCCUAAAAUCAGACACGUCAGUUUUAAAAUACGCCCCAUUCCGCCAGGCGACAUUUCCUGCCAAAUUUUAUGUUCAGAUAUAGAUUCUGCUAAACAUUGCAGAUAUUGAGGGUUAUAGUUAUUUCGUUUUGUUCAUUAGUUAACCAUCAAGCACCAGUUCUCCGAAUUAUUUUGAUGAGUUUGUUGUGUUCACUCUUAACAAAGGAAAGGGGGAAAAAAAACACCUGUCCAAAUCUAGCUGCGUAAUUUGACCUAUUUUGAUCUAUGACUUUUACAGCUGGAUAAAUAUUAGAGUUGUCAGCCAAAUAUGUACUUUAAAAAAAAACACUGUGAAUUGAGAUUGAACAAUUACCCGCAACUCUUAAUCUUAGCAAUUUUGAAAAGGUAAUUUGUUCCCUCUAGGUAGCCUUUCCAGUUGCACUCGGUUGUAAAAUGCACUUUAUCACAUUUUAAUUACUUUCUGAUACUUCAAUGGGCAGAUUUUUGUCGUUAGCAAUGUUCUAAAAAAAAAAAGCGUAUGAUAUUUUAGCAAUAUUUUACAAGUACUUCACUAAAUUAAACAACAACAAAAAGAAAGACUACCUCUGAUAUUGUACUUUUAGUGUCUGCGUCUUCAAGAAUCUGUCCCAAAUAGAUUUUAUUGGUAGAGUCACCUCGCAGAGAUAGCAAAUGUUCGUUGAGUAACAACAGCAAAGAGUUAAGCCCUUUAAUGUAAUGUUUGUUUAUGCUCUGCUGGUGAAAAGAAAAACAUUUUUUUUUCCUGAUAAAGUUCUUUCCAACUUUGCUUUGCAAAGUAAAAUUAAUCUAGUUUUUCUGUUACUCAAGGUAGCCAGUGGUCCAUAGUAAUGCAACUUACGGGCAGUGAUACCUUAGGUUCCAUGGAUGAGAAUAGAAGAGAAUAGAAUAGAAUUUUAUUGGCCGAAUGUGAUUGGAUGCACAAGGAAUUUGUCUUGGUGCAUAUGCUCUCAGUGUACAUAAAAGACACAGAAGGACAAAGGGCUCCUUUCCUUACAUUGUCUUUUGUUCUCUUGUAUUACUUGCAAAUCAUUUGACCUUGACUUUGCUGGCACCAUUGUGAAAUUUGUUUUUAUGCUGGUUUCUACAACCCGGUCUUCACCCAAUUUUUUAUGCCCCUUUACUCAAAAGAUUUGGUACUUUAUGUACAACUUUAUGUACAGCUUUUGUUGAAGAUUUGAUUCAUGCGCAACUGCACCAAGAGGAAGAGAGUUGGGCAAUAAAGUUUGCCUUGUAAAAGGAUACAAGGAUUUAUGAGAAUUUGAACCGGCUGUGAGAUGUUUAAUCAACCGUCUCAAGAGAAGGUUGAAGGCUUCCUCAGAGUGCAGGUAAUCCUCGACUUACGACCAAAAUUGGGACCAGAAUAUCGAUUGCUAAGCAAGGCAGUUGUUAAGGGAGUCCUGCCCGAUUUUAAGACCUUUUUGCCACAUCUCCCGUCAUUAAGUGUAUCACACUUCCUCCGGUUGCGUUGGCUCAUGUGUCAUUUGCCAAGUCUCUGAAUUUUGAUCCUAUGACCGUGGGGAUGCUGGAAAGAUCAUAAAUCAGGGAUCACUUUUUUUGAGGGCUGUCGUAACUUUGAACAGUGGCUAAACGAACAGUUGUGAGUCAAAAGAUUACUUGCAGGCUUGCAAAUUAAAUUCUGUUAUGGACUUCCCAGUAGCAGGUGACUAUUGCCAUACGUUCAUCUCAAAAGUGGGUGUGCAUCCUGAAAGCACAAUUACAAAUAAAUCUGGUCAAACGUCUCCUCCUAUUGCAGGAAUUAUUCAGAGAGGCUGGGUGUCAACUCUUUGCAAAUUAACAAAAUUAAAUAACCAUGACAGGUUUAAAGUGACUCCUGGAUGUAUGUACCUAGGCAGCGACACACCUCAGCUCGUACAGACCAUGGGAAGGAUUCCAUGUUGGAAGCGGGAAUUCGGGGAGAACACUGCAAUUAAACUGUAUUAAUAAUUCAGCAGCUCCAAAUCUGAUAAAGUAAUUGAACGCCUUCCAUUCAAUGCA